UACAAACGGUUUUGAAGAUGUUUGCAAGGAAGUAGCUAGCUAGCUAUUCGCAAAUAAAGACCUUAAACUACCAAAUAUAUUUAGCUAAACCUAUUAACCUAAAUGUCGUUUAAAAGAGAGGGCAAUGAUCAGAGUCAAUUGAAUAUCCUCAAGAAACGGCGUGUUGCAGAUCUCCUGUCCAAUUUCAUUCCAGAGGAUGAGGCAGCCUUGAUGAAAAAUGGAAGAUACACCUGCCUUGUGUGUUCAUACCGCCCUGUUUUUGAUACAGUUGACAUGCUGACAGUACACAGAAAGGGGAAAAGACAUCUCGAAGGGAUGAAGUGGUUUUAUGGAAAGAAAACUCAACUGAAAAAUGAGAUAUCUAAACGACAACAUGAAAACUAUAUUCAAGCUGAAGAUAGCCGCCAGGAGCCCUCUAGUUCUGCCCCCCUGUUGACACAGACACGUAAACUCACCCACCAUGCCUUACUGAAGACUGUGCCAUACAACAGUUGUCACAAAAAGACAAGUACAAAGUCUGAAAAAGGGUCAACUAGUUCCACUCCAGACUGUGACAUCAGCCCCUCCAGCACAAGACUAUCAUCACCACAUCAAACAUCAGUGGAGACGAUAAGAGAUACAGACAUCAUGUCAUUACCCAGUUCCAACAGUAAUAUAGCAGUCAAUCAGGGAUCGUGUCCAAUCGGGAGAAAUAAGGAAGUGUGUAAGGAGUCUCAUCCAACAGCAACCCAGGAGUCGGAACCUAUGACAGCUCAAAGGAGGCGAGAGAUGGAGCAUUACCUCAAAUUGAAAAGUGCGGGAUGGCUGCAGGACAGGAGUGGCCAGUGGGUAAAGGAUGAGAAUGUGGAGUUUGAUUCAGAUGAAGAGGAACCCUCAUCACUCCCAUCCUCUCCCCCCAGUGACUCAACACCACCACCUUACCACAAUCCCUAGCCCUUUCCUCAAACCCCUGCCACUGACUCUAAGGUCCCAUUUGGACAUACAUCUGUUGACUCAACAGUUGUUAUGAAUGGCACUCUGUUGCGGUAAUGACAACACUAUAAGAGCAGCACUAGAUCAUCUUGAACUGCCUCCAUGCUUCCUUUGUUUACCUCUCUCAGGGAAGAUGCAUUGGUGCUUGAGACAAUGCUUUGACUGUUGUCACCUAGAGAGAGGGGUGGGAAGGGAGACGAUUCCCAGCACCCUUUGUGUUAUUCUGUUUGCCCAUUUUAUUUAGGUCCAUCACCUCCCCUGUUAAGGCUAAGCUUCUGUGAGCUUACCAUAAAUCAACAGCAGAUAGGGAAAUAUUAGUGCUAAUCUUGGUAGUGGAGCCACUGGUUAACAUUCUUCAGAAGGUUCUCAUUUGUGGCUCACCCCUAGACCACUCUGUAUAAAUUGGAUAACCCCCCACUCCCUAGAGAAAGGUAGCAUGUGGACUUAACGUGGGUUAGUUUUAAAUGAUGACGUUAAAGUGUGGCAAAAACGGAGUACCUGCUUGUUAUUUUUUGAGUUCAGUGCGUGACUGCCACAAGACGUUUGGAAUGUUUGUUGACAGUUGAGCUCUUAUGUCGAUGCAGUCUUAUGUGUCAUCAAGAGUGAUGAUAUUAUGGAGUGAAAUUGUCAAUGCAAUAAAUCAUGUUGAUUCUA